AUGAGCUUCCUGAAGUUCCACGAAUGGGGCGCCAAGUACGGCGACAUCAUCGGACUGAAGAUUGGGCAGCAGAAUGUGGUAGUACUGAAUCACUACAAGCAUGUCGCAGAGCUCUUCGACAAACGCGGUGCCAACUAUGCCGAUCGACCCCGGACUCACAUUACCCACGACAUCCUGUUUCCCGAAGGUCUCCAUUUACUGUUCGCGGACUAUGGCCCCACCUGGCGUUUCAUGCGGAAGGCAAUGAUGCGGCUUCUCAACACCAAGGUGGUUGAUACACUACUGCCGAUACAGACUGCAGAGUCUCUCGUUACCAUGCAAGCGCUUGUUCGAGAUCCAGAGGAGUGGUAUAACCAUAUCCAGCGUUAUUCGACGGCGGUGAUCCUCGCGUCUGUCUUCGGACUCCGCGGAACUUCCUUCGACUCACCGCGCGUGAAAGAUCUGUACGCUACUGUACACGAGCUGACCAACCUGACUGAGAUGGGAUCAACGCCUCCGAUUGAUAUCUUUCCGUUCUUGAAAUUAUUACCUGACUUUAUGUCGCCCUGGCGAACGCGGGCACAAAAUCUUCGGAUUGAGUACCGCAGAGUGUACAACUCCCUCGUCGAUGAAGGCAAGGAAAAUCUCCAACGGGAAGACGCGCCAGACUGCUUUCUCAAGCGCCUCUUGGACGACGCUCCAGAGACUGGUUUGAGCGCGGAGCAAAUUACAUAUGUUUGCGGCGCGUUCAUGGAGGGCGGCAGUGACACCACUGCUUCCGCGAUGUUGUCAUUCAUCCUGGCAAUGGCAGCACACCCGCACAUCCAGAGGAAGGCCCAACGAGAAGUUGAUAGCAAAUGCGGUCUCGACAAGAGUCCCACAGCAGAAGAUGGCAUGGACUUGCCGUACCUGCGAGCCAUCCACGACGAGACGUUGCGAUGGCGCCCGGUCGCCCCAGGUGGCAUUCCGCAUGCCGCCGCACAAGACGAUUGGUAUAACGGGUAUUUUAUUCCAAAAGGGACGAUCUUGUUUGCAAACACAUGGUCGAUUCAUCGGACAGACGAGUUCCGGGACCCUGACUCGUUCAUCCCGGAAAGGUUCGUCGACAACACAUUUGGAACUGAGCCCAGCAAAGUUCAGGGUGACGACCAGAGCCAAAGACGUGUAAACUAUACGUUCGGAGCUGGGAGGCGGGUGUGUUCGGGCAUGAGAAUGGCCGCUAACUCCCUCAUUCUAAAUAUGGCGAAAGUCCUUUGGACAUUUGAUCUCGUUCCGGAGAACAAGGAAAAGCCAAUCAACACCGACGUCACUGAAUGUUACAAGAGCGGCAUCCUGGUGUUCCCGAAGAAAUUCCCAGUCAAGUUCGUACCACGAUCAGAUGCGCGUGCAAUGGUCAUCGAGCGAGAGGUUCAAGACGUCCAGCCAUUUUUGUCGAAUUUCAAGCAGUGA